AUGGUCCGCGCAGCGGUCUUAGCUGUUGCCGCCGCAGCUUUCGCCGCCGCGCCUGUUGCCAUCGGUCAGCAUAUCUUUGACGUCUGGGCGACCACCUGGGAGAGGUCAAACCUCUUCACAUAUACCAACUUAGACUCGAGCCCCAUUGACUUCGUGUCGCCGGGUGCCACAGGCGACGCGGACAUUGUCGUCGAUGACACAAACGUCCUGCAGAGCAUGGCCGGCUUCGGGGCGACCCUCACGGACUCCUCGGCUCAGCUCUUGAACAACUUGAAGAGUCAGAACCCCGAUAAUUAUUGGGCUGUAAUCAACAAGCUGUUCGAACCAACCGACAACGCCAACGCGGGCUUGUCCUACCUUCGAGUGCCGCUUGGUGCUUCUGACUUCUCGGCCAGUGUAUACAGCUUCGAUGACACCUCCGGUGAUACGUCGCUGAACAACUUCAACAUCAAUGCGGCGCCUUCCUACCUCUUCUCGGUCAUCAAGGACAUCAUGAGCGUCAAUCAGUACUUGAAAGUACAUCUCCUACCUUGGUCGCCUCCUGGGUGGAUGAAGGACUCCGGUUCCAUGAACGGCGGAAGCUUCCUUGAUACCUAUAGCUCCACAUAUGCAAACUACCUCCUCAAAGCCCUCCAAGGGUUCCAGAGCAAGGGCAUCACAGCUUACGCGAUGGGGAUCCAGAACGAGCCCGAGAAUAACAACCCGACGUACCCGACGUGUCUCCUCAGCGCGGCGCAGGAGGCUGCGAUUGGCAAGACCCUCCGCUCGCUCAUGGACUCGAACGGCUUUUCGAGCACGAAGAUAAUUGGCUAUGAGCACAAUUGGAUCGACGCAGGCAGCUACCCCGUUACUCUCCUCCAAGACGCGCCAAAUGCCUUCGCCGGCGUCGCGUUCCACUGCUACGACGGCAACGUGAGCAACCAAGACACGUUCGAGAGUGCGUACCCCAACAAGGAGAUCUACUUCACCGAGUGCUCGGGCAAAUACGGCACCGACUGGUGGAGCGACAUCAAGUGGUACAUGGACAACGUCAUGAUCGGCGCCCCCGAGCAUUCCGCCAAGACGGGCAUGUUGUGGACGCUCACCCUCGACGGCAAUGGCCAGCCAGAGACCCCCGGCUCGGACAGCUGCAGCACGCCAUGCAGGCCCGUCGUGACCAUCAACAGCGACGGGAGCUACACCUUCAACCAGGAAUUCUACGCGCUCGCGGCGGCGUCCAAGGCGGUCACCCCCAAGGACUCCGGCGGGCCCUUCGCGCAGCGCGUCGGCGUCUCCGUCGGCGGCGGGACGUCCUGGGGCCUCCGCGUGGGCGCGUACGUCACCGCGCGCACGAACUCGGCCGACUGGCUGCGGUACUCGCUCGUCGUCCUCAACUGGGACGACAACGACAACAACACAUGGGACCCCCACCCGGUCAGCGCGACGAUCGAGUUCCGGGGCCAGCAGGCGGCGUACACGUUCCCCGUCGGGGUCACGACCCUCUGGUGGUACGCGGCGGACCAGGGCCACUCGCGGCGCGACGCGAACGCGACUGUCGCCGCCGACUCGGAGGGCGCGUUCGAUGGCGCCGCGUACGCGCAGACAGAGGGCGAGCAGCCGAGGCUGUUCCGCUUCCGCAGGACCGCCGCGUGAAGGCUGCCACUUCGCCGCACUUUGUUUGGACCGGAGAUUGGCAGUUGAGUUUCGACGUAUCGUCUCGUGUUGUGCAUGGUCUGGCGCGUUCCAGCCCCUCUUUAUUCGUGUAUUUGCUGUGCAUCCCUACACUAUUAGUAUGUACCAUCGCUCACC